AGGCGGAGCGAGUUCGGUUGCACCAACACCGGUACAUAGGCGCGUACCGGCGUGUCCUUGGACUUAAAGAGCGGGACGUCCGGCUUGGGAACGGUAACCUUCGAGUCGCCCGCGACCAAAGCGAUUUAAAAAUGAGUGACAUUGAGAAGGGCAAGAAGAUUUUUGUUCAGAAGUGUGCUCAGUGCCAUACUGUGGAAAAGGGAGGCAAGCACAAAACUGGGCCAAAUCUUCAUGGUCUCUUUGGGCGAAAGACAGGUCAGGCCCCUGGAUUUUCUUACACAGAUGCUAACAAGAACAAAGGCAUCACCUGGAAAGAGGACACACUGAUGGAGUAUUUGGAGAAUCCCAAGAAGUACAUCCCUGGAACAAAAAUGAUCUUCGCUGGCAUUAAGAAGAAGUCAGAAAGGGCAGAAUUGAUAGCUUACCUUAAGAAAGCUACUAAUGAGUAAUAGUUGGCACUGCCUUAUUUAUUACAAAGCAGAAAAUGUCUCAUGACUUUUUGUGUGUACCAUAUUUAAAUUGAUCUCAUACACCAGAAUUCAGAUCAUGAAUGGCUGAUAGAAUUUUUUUUGUUUGACAGUCCUGAUUUAAAUAAGAUUGGCUUGUGGUUAAAUGAAUAUGAUUGGUGUUUUGAAUUUUGAUAGCAGUUACAGUUCAUCAAGUACAAUGUUUGCUUGCCCUUCUAAAGAUCUAGCUACUUGAUUAAUGAUCGUCAACUUUUAACUGAGAUGGUGAAUGCCAUCUCCAAGCCUGUAGGAAAUUGGUUUUAUAUUUAGAUUUUAUAUAACUGGUUAUAUUAAUAUAUUUAUAAAUACUGAGAAAUUCCCUUUGCUUCUCAUAUAUAGACCAAGAUUCAUCUGUGUUUCAAGUUGUGUUAUAAGCCUAGUAAAGGCAGGGGCAGAAGAUAAGCUGGCAAUGCCCAUUUUAUCCUUUUGGUCUUAACAUGCCAAUUUGAUUAAAAUUUCCUGUAUCUAAAAUGUUGCCUUUCAUUUAAUGAAAGACAUUUUAGUUUGACAAUAUCAAAAAAAGAAAUGCUUCUCACAAAGGUGAUCUAUAAGAUACUUCAGAUACUUUUAAAUUUUUUGCUUGACAAGAUGUAGUCGAAAACUUGUGAAUUCUUUACUAAGAUACAGCUCAGGAUUGUCUUUUAAAUAGCUAUUCAAAAGUAGAUAUACUCAUAGCACUACCAUGUAUGUGUGAUAGGUAAUGGUGCUUUUGCCAACUCAUUAACAGAUAUAUCAUCAGCACAAAUGUGUAAGUCAUGUGACCAUAAGGCUUAAGAUAAUUAAAACAAUCACAGAUCAUGA